CUAAAACAAGAGGAGGAGUGGAAAGAGCUUCUCUUAAGGGAGAUCAGCGUUCUUCAACUGUCUUUAGCUCAAAAGGAGGAGAAGAUCUCCGAACAAACUGCUCAACUCGAAGAAAUCAAAAAUUCCUUCAUUUACAAUUACGACUUGCUCAAAUCCCGGGAUUGUGAACUCGCACGCUACGAGCAAACUGUUGACAAUCUCAAGACUAUUUUAUUAAAGCGCGAUGCAGAAAUCAGUGAGUUGCGUGUUAGCCUUGACCAAGUUACGGAAGACUUCCACACCAGCGAGCUGUGUGCGCUGAACUGGAAGACACGCUUCGAAGAGGAAUCCAGGCGGGCCGUAGCGCAGGAGGCGGAUCUAAGGAAGGCUUCGACAACAGCACUCUCAAAGCUGGCAGAAUCCGAGUCAGCUGAGCGGUGUCGGCUGAAUGCCCAAAUCACCCGCCUUCAGGCCGACAUCGAGGCAGAACGAGCGCGCGCGUCGAACGACUUAGAGUCGGCGUUGGCUGAGGCAGCGCGACGCGCCUCGGAGGCCUCGGCGGAGGCCGAUCGACAGCGUCUGGUUCUUGAGAUGCGCACUGCUGCCGCUGAGGACGCCGCCGACCGCGCCAAGCAGGAGAUUCGACGCCUCACGCAGGAACUGCAAACCUCAAGUGAUGCGUUCAAUGCGAUCACGUCGGAGGUAGCCGCAAAGUCCCAGGCGGUGCAACAACUCGAGGGGCAGAUAAAGGAGCUCCGUGAGUCCUUGGCUCUUGCCGAAAAAGCCAAAUCGGCGUGCGACUUGAAAAUAUCACGUCUUGAAUCGCGUCACAAGUCGGAGAAGAAAUCGCUAACCAAGGAGCUUCAUGCGCUAAGAGAAUCAGAAAAAAUGCUCAAACAAGAAUUGUUUACUGUAAAUCACACUCUGACUUCGGUCAAAGAGGAGACUGAAGCGGAGAAAAAUCGCCUCCUGGUAUCUCUUGCUGCGGCUGAGAAGGCCUCGAUAGAAACCACAAAAGCUCGGGAUGCCGCCGAACUGGAGCGUCAACUAGCUGUGAGGAGCGUAAAUCGUUUGGAAGCCGAGAACCUUCGUCUCCGCACUGACCUAGACCGAGCACUCGCCAAGGACUACAUGUUUGACCCCAUGAAGAUCUCCGCCAGUCAGCUCGAGGCAACAACCCGUGAUCUUGUCGGGCAGGUGGCGGCUCUCCAAAUUGCCUGCGACAAGCUCGAGGCGGAGAAUCGGCAACUGAGGCAAUGCAACACUGGCAGUGAAAGCGCGGAAGUGCUGCAGCAACGGUUAGACAGCGCUUGUCAGCAGAUUGAAGCUCUUCGUGACGAAAACACUCGCCUACUCCAGCUGAGUAACAAGAUGCGAGCCAGGCAAAUUCGGGAGGCAGCUAAGACACAGGCUCUCCGCGAAUCGGGCAAAUCUUUGGCUCGAGGCGUCGUUCACGGCAAGAAGAGCCCCCUUGGUGGUGAUGCGAUGUCCUCUUCUGAUGAUAAUUUGGCCCCCACGUUUCCUCCAGAAGUCCUGAAAAGGUCCUUGUUGUCGAAAUGUAACAAAAACAACAGCAACCGUAGCGGGAGAGUCAAAAUUGACCACUGA